AUGCACAUCGCCGAGUGCUACCAAAGCUGCCAACUACAACAUGCCAAAAUAGGAUCAUGUCUUGCGUUAUAUGAAACGGCAGCAAAAUGUGAGAAAGCUAAAAUUAAAGUGUUAAAUUGGAUUAAGUUUUUCAAUUGUCGUAAACGUGUUAGUCGUAUUAAUUUAUUUUUUUCGAUAUCGGGCGCUGAAUUAACAAAGCGUGUGCAUACAAAAGCGAUUCAAUGUAUGUUGAAACAAGAGGUCGGUUGGUUUGAUAGACAAGAAAACCAUAGUGGAGCACUUUGUGUACGCUUAUUGACGGAUGCAUUAGCUAUCCAAAAUAUUUUAACAAAACAAAUGGCGACAAAUAAUAAUAUUGAACGAUUGAAAGGUACUUGGGAUUAUAUUAAUGAAGAAAAUUUUGAUGAACUAUUGAAAGAACUUGGAGUUAAUCAAGAGAUACGUACAAUAGCUAAAACUUUUAAACCUCGUGUUACAAUUAAUGAAAAAGAUGGAAAAUGGUCAUUAAAAUCAGAAAAUACUUUUAAAACAACAACAGUUCAAUUUACCCCUGGAAUUGAAUUUGAAGAUGUAUCACCUGAUGGACAUCAAAUAACCAUGAUUAUUCAAUUUGAAAAUGGAAAAUGGAUUCAAAGAGUACGUUACAAAAAUGGAAAAGAAAUGUUUGUAGAACGAUGGAUCAAUGAUCAAGAUCAGUUAGAAGUCGUAUAUGCAAGAUACAACGGUGAAAGAAAACAAGACAAUACACAUGAAAAUCUUCAAGAACAAGGAUCCUACGAUUUCACUGUUGUUGGAUCGAGACCAGAUAUGCCAUAUGGUAUAAUUCAACUUAAACCUGCUAUGUCUAUAACGGAUGAGCACGAUGCUAAAAUUAAAAAACGUAAGGCAGCUAAACAUUAA